AAAGAGUCUACUGUAAACGGAAGCAAGUCUCUCGUGGAGGGAAGAGACAAGAAGGAAAGCAGCGCAGCCGAGCAACGUGGGUUUGCCUUGCCAGUCAACAAGUGCCCCUUUUGGAAAGGGAGGCCGUCGAAGUGGAGCACCGCCGUCCUCCUCCCCUUCCUCACUCCAAGGACACUAAAGUGGGGACUUCCGUCCGGGUGGUUCUCGACUCCAGAGAAACUUCCACCAUUACCUCCAAAAGCGAAGACGACUUCUUAACCCUGGCCGCCUCCAGGCUGAGCCGCAAGAAAAGGGUCAUCGGGGCCGCCAUCGGGGUGGCCAUGGUGCUAGUCCUCCUGGUGGCCAUCCCUUUGCUGGUCCACAGCUCCAAGACCACCUCGCACUACGAGAUGUUGGGCAGCUGCCGCAUGGUCUGCGACCCCUACACGCCCCAAACCCAUGGGGCGGCUUCGGCAGAGGCAAGCCAGGAGUUGGCCGUCAUCUCGCCGCCUCCACAUGUGGCCGGAGGGAAAGGAGACCCAGGGAGGAAGGGCAAGUCGGGGAUUCGUGGGCCGCCGGGCCCUCCAGGGCCACCUGGGCCCAGAGGUCCAGCCGGGGAGCCAGGGAGGCCUGGCCCUCCAGGCCCACCCGGCCCAGGGCCUGGGGGAUAUAUCCCAUCUUUCUACAGCCCUAAGAUUGCCUUUUAUGCAGGACUGCGGAAGCCGCACGAAGGGUACGAGAUCUUGCGCUUCGAUGACGUGGUGACCAAUGUGGGGAACUACUACGAGCCGUCAAGUGGCAAGUUCACCUGCCCUCUGCCCGGCAUCUAUUUCUUCACCUACCAUGUCCUGAUGCGGGGCGGGGACGGCACCAGCAUGUGGGCAGACCUGAUGAAGAACGGGCAGGUCCGGGCCAGUGCCAUAGCUCAGGAUGCUGACCAGAACUACGAUUACGCCAGCAACAGCGUGAUUCUACACCUGGACGUGGGCGACGAAGUUUUCAUCAAGCUGGACGGAGGGAAGGUUCAUGGAGGCAACACCAACAAGUACAGCACCUUCUCUGGCUUCAUCAUCUACCCAGACUGAGCCCCGCCGGCUCCUGUUUCCCCUCCUCCUUUUUUUUGCCUACCCGAACCCUUUCCCCGCUCUGGGUCAGCUUUUAUUCCCCCUUGGCUUUACCAACUCCCUGGACCCAGAAGGUCCUUCCAGCAAGGUCCGGCCAAUAAGGACUGAAACGGAAACUUGGGGGAGGAGGCCCUCCCCCUUGGGUUCAUAGACUGUGAAAAGGGGUGGGAGGAUUAAGGGAUUUUUGGUGCAUGGGGAAAUCCGGGAGGGGGUGGAUACAGGGGAACAUAAUGUCAUGGUGGGUGGGCCCUGGUCAGUGGAAGCAAAGCCUUCUAAAGGUGGCCACGUCCAGGAUUGGAGGAUGAAGGGAAGGGCGACGGAUGGGGAACAAGGCCCAGACCUGCUGCAGAUUGGCUCUGUAAGUCCAUUUCCUUAGCAUCCCUUUUAGAUGUAAGGUACAAAUAUUCGAAGAGGGGUGGUUUCAUUAGUGCAGUCCGGUCCCUUCAUCAACUUUUCACAGGAAAUGUUUUAUUGAUGGCAUUUAUAUCUCGCCCUUCUUCCAAUGAGCUCAGGACAGGCUUAUAUGAUUCUCCCUUCCCUCAUUUUGCCCUCACAACAACCUUGCGAGGGACUAGGCCCAGAGACAGUCCCACAGUCCACCCAGCGAGCUCCGUGGUUAAGUGGGAAUUUGAACUUGGGUUUCUCCUAUCUUGGUCCAAACACUCUAUUACAUCCGCUGCUGACUCAAGAUGCCUCAUAUAUAUAUAAAUAUAUAUUAAUUGGUCAAUUAUUGAGAUGGGAUUCAUUAUCUGUAUAAACCAUAAUGUAUCCAACGGGGGGCGGGAGAGAAUGGGGAGGUCUUCUGCGGGAACAGGGGGCAGUACAGUUGGGUUUAAUUUCCCCGUUCUCCAUAGCAGUGUUCUGCCAACAUGCCAGCAAGACCAUGAACAUAUACAGAGGGAGAUACAUCUUUUGCUCUGGUGACAUUGCAUGCCAGUAGCAAGAAAGGGUUAGGCUUUUUUUUAAAGCGUGUGUUGUGCAAGGUUCACUGUUUCAAGCCUGCUCCGUUUAAAAAAUGGGAGACAAAACCAUCCAAAUAAAAUCUCCAGUCCCCUUCUAUAUCAAACAGGUGCCCUGAAGACUCUUGUACGAAUGCGGAAGGGGGUCAGGCCCAGAUUCCUCCUACCUUUGUACAUUAACCCACAGGUCUGUCUGAGCAGCUGCCAAUAGGGCGAUCUUGUGUUGACCUGCAUGAAGAUAUAUAGGUAUUAUCCAUGUUUCAGACCUCAAGCUGGGACAAAUGGGGGUCUCUGCACCUUUGUGUGUAAAUAUCUCACCGCAGCCACCCUGAACUGACGGCAACUGCAACAGUCUGUGUCAUCAUAAAACUUUGUGCUGCAAAUGAUGAUUCCCACAUGCACACCGCAACAGUGCAGGGACAUGCUGAAAUGAUUGGGAGACAGUCCCAGAGACAGUUCCUGGCUCAACAUUGCUAACCAGAGGCUAUUAAGGGGUUUGAUGGGUGGCAGGGUGUGUUGUGUGCCAAAAGACCACCGCAGACACCCCCAGAUGCACAAACCACUGCAAGAAAGGUGACAAGAAUAUAUUGCAUUUUCCCAUUCAUGACCUGCUGUUGCAAUACCUGCCACGUAAAACCAUGCCUCCCCGCAAGAUUGUACACCGCUAAAACAUGCAUUGUCAUAAUCAGAUUUUGAGUGUGUGCUAUUCACCCACAAAAUUCACCCACACGCCC